UUUCAACGUGUAGUGGCGUUGUAGGAUGUUCUUCGGAAAUUAUAUAGAGACUUUUAGAGGUGCAAAAAUCCAAGUAGUAUGUGUUAUAUGUGCCUCUUUAAAUGCCAUCUCAGAUGCUAUGCAUGUAUCUUGGUCAGCGCCAUCAACAUCUUUGUUGUUGGAUGAAGAUAGUCCUUUUGAUGUUGAAGAGAAAUAUAUCGUUUGGCUGGAGCUACUCCUGACGAUGUUUAGUAUUUUGGGACUACCCUUAACAAUAUAUCUGGCGAAUAAAUUGGGGCCGAAGAUGUCCAUUUUAAUUUCAUCUUGUACAAGUGCAGCAGCUUGGAUCUUGAUAGGUGUUGGAAAUACAAAAGAGUAUCUGUUUGCUGCCAGAUGUUUAGCAGGCGCUGCUGUGGAUGCAACUUUUAUUUCUUCUCCGACAUACAUAUCAGAAAUAGCCAACAAAAAUAUAAGGGGCUCCCUAGUAUGUAUAGGAUACGUAAUGUUCCACUCGGGAAUAAUUGUUAUGUACUCAGUGGGAGCCCAAACAUCCUUACGCAUACCUCCAAUAGUGGGAAUAUGUAUUAUCGUUAUGCAGCUUCUUACACUACCUUUCUUUCCUGAGUCACCGUAUUAUCACAUCCGUGAGAAAAAUGAAGAGGCUGCAAGAAAAUCCUUGAUGGUCUUCCAGGAAAAAGAGAAAGUCGAAACAGAACUAUCCCGUAUAGUAGAGGAAGUGCAACAAGAGGGCAAGAAGACUCGUUUUCGUGACUUAUUCUCUAGCAGAGAAAAUAGAAAAAUGGCUUUCAUAAUCCUGAUACUUUACGCUGGUCCACCCUUAACAGGACACGUUGCUGUACUUAUGAACUUGCAUACCAUUCUUGAAUCGGUGGAUAUAACUUUUUUAACUCCGUACGCAGCUGCUUUACUCUAUUCUUCUGUUAUGUUGACGGCUUCUGUUCUUUCCGCGCUGUUGGUGGACAAGUUUGGACGUAAAAUUCUCAUUAAUAUUUCGACCUUUUUUUCAGGCGUAUCCCUUCUUUCCCUUGGUGUGUACAUUCACAUGAAACACUUGCAAUUCGAUAUGAAUGGUUUUGCUUGGAUUCCUUUAGUUUCCAUAAAUGGCUAUGCUGCAUUUUUCAAGUUGGGCUUAGGAACCCUUUAUAUUCUUAUAGGUUCUGAAGUUUGCCCGCCAAAUAUCAGGACACUUGUCCUGGCUGCAGCAGACUUCUUGUAUAAUACCUUUUGGUUUGUUUCUGUUUACACCUAUCAUUACUUGAAUGAACAUUACGGUCUUCCAGUGUCAUUCUAUGUAUUUUCUUUUUUUUCUAUCUUUGUGCUUAUACUGAAUAUAUUUUUUAUUCCUGAGACGAAAGGAAAAACUUCACAAGAAAUUCAAGCCAUGUUACAAGGGUGACGGCUUCUGUUAUUGAUAAGCUGUUUUAAUAGGAAUGAGUGGAAUUCAGAAGACUCAAUUUUCAUUUAUAAGUGCCCUAUGUCUUAUAUGUAGGAAUGAAAUUAAAACUACUUUUA